AUGUCCACGACUGACUCCUGCUGCACCUGCGCAACGUUGCUGACCGACGUCAAAGUUCCCUACGACGCCGAGUCCGAGAAGCCGCUGCUCCACAACCGGCGCCUGGAGUGUUGCUCGCGCCAGAUCUGCGCCACUUGCCAGUAUCAAAACCCGCGGUUCCAGUCCUACUGUCCUUUCUGCCAGAUCUCGUCUGGCCCUUCAGCCCUACCGAAAGAUGGUCUCAGGCUUCCUCCCUCGUACACCCGGAGUCCUCAGUCCAGCAGCCGUGGCAGGGCCGAAUCGCCGCCACCAUCGUACGCCGAUGCGAUAACACCUAGACGACUACCUGACCCGAGCACAGGCACAGCGCCUCCCCGGCAUACCGAGGACACACUGCACUUUGUGGGCUCUCAAGACUCGUUACAGUCGCUGUCUCUUGCGUACAAAGUCCCAGUCCCGACCCUCCGCCAGCAUAACAACCUCUACUCUGACCAACUGCUUGUGGCCCGCAAGUGGAUCCUGAUUCCGAAGUCCCACUACACCGGCCCGUCUCUGUCGACGCCUCCGAACCCUGACGAGGAAGAACGCAAGACCAAGCUGCGGAGAUGGAUGGUCGCCACGAAAUGUGCCGAUUACGACGUGGCCGCCCUCUAUCUGAAGGGAAGCGAUUAUAACUUGGACCUGGCACUCCAGGCCUUCCGAGCCGACGAGGAGUGGGAGAAGAAUCAUCCGAUGCAUGGGAAAGGGAAGGACGGUGACGGACGGCGACAGCGCCUCGGGACAGGAGGCAGUCUUGCUGGACAAAUAUCAUGA